AAAGACGGACUCGGAUUCAAUUUCGAUUUCUACUUCUUCGACUAUAGAUGCCACCCACCCCCACUGGCAGACUCGACGGCCAAACAACGCGCGACGAGGCAGAAAAGAUAAAACGAAAACAAAACAGAAAACAAACAAAAAAACAAUAAGCUUAUGACAUGCGUGCGUGCAGAGGAGACGAAAAAGAGAAAGAAAGAGUUGGACAAAAGCAGACCAACGAUUCACACACAAAAAAAACACAAAAACACGAAAAGCACAAAAGCACAAAAACAGAGAGUAGAUCAAAGUCAGGAGGCAGAGGCCGGCUGGAGAUCGAACAAAGGAAGGGCGGGGCGCGAUCAUACGGGGACUGUGGCGAAAACGGAAGAAAGGAGGAAGGGGGGCGGCUGGCACAUGUACAUAGCUCAAAGGGAGAUAAUUGACACAUAAAUCGUGCAAGGGGGGGGGGGGGAGUGAAUUACAGCGAGUGGACGAAGGCAGCAUGGCGAGGGGAAGAAAAAACCAACAUAAAUUAGAAGAGCGGGGGAGCCAGGUUUUGGAGACGGACGACCUCGCCUAUGCCCCGCCGCCGACAACGAUGGCAUCAGCGCCUCCGACCCCGCUCACCACGCCCUCCACCUCCCCAUCCCCAUCCC